CCCCCGUUCGCCCCACACCAUUGGGUAGAUGCACACCACCCACGAUAGCCGGCGGGUAAUCGCGACGGGACGAGGCUGAAGAGCCUUGGACAAAGCCAACUGCGCAGACAACAACACAAUGUCUCCUCCCAACGUUAUCAUUCCCCGGCCGAUCUUACCCAAGCUCGAGCCCAACUCCUCUUCUGCAUCCCCGUCGCUGGACGCCCUCCCUGAUGGCGAGACUGCGCCUAAGCGACGAUGCAUCUCGAGCGCCUGUAUGCCGUGUCGCAAACGUAAGUCGAAGUGUGAUGGAGAAAAACCAUCAUGCAACGCAUGUACCUCCGUUUAUGACACCAAGUGCGAGUAUGAUAUCGAUAGCGACCACAGGCGAAAAGGCGCCCUGAAACGAGAUAUCAAAUCUCUGACCGACCAGAAAGGAACUCUCAACAGCAUCCUCGACGCUAUCAGAAAUGGAUCAGACUCCGACGUCGACGACAUCAUCCAGAUGAUGCGCUCCAGCCCGGACGAAAGUUACGAGUCGAUAUCGCAAAGUAUCCAAAAAAUGAGCCUCACCCCCAAGAAGACCGAGCCUGCUACGCUUGAAGGAGAGCUUGCGGAAUUUGCUGGCAAAUCUUCACUAGACAAGUCCGGCGAGACACGGCACUACGGCCAUACAUCGAAUCUUUCCUUCACCGUAUCUGAUGACGAGCCACCUGUGAUUGCCGUAGAGCAAACUGGAACGUGGACAACUGUGACGGACGAUGUCCAUCUCGUCAAACAUCUUUUCGAUCUCUACUUCACCUGGUCGCAUCCAUUCUACGUGCUCUUCUCAGAGGAGGUGUUCUAUCAUGGUUUGAACGGCAAGAAGCUGAAGUACUGCACUCCGUUGCUGGUUAAUGCCAUCCUAGCGGUCGGCUGCAAUUACUCGGAUCGACCCGAAGCGCGAGCAGACCCCAAUAACCCCAGCACCGUCGGAGAUCAUUUCUUUGCUGAAGCAAAGCGACUCUUGGAGGCGGAUGAUCGAUCAUGCCUGACGACGGUGGCGGCCCUGGGCCUCAUGGCAAUUCGACAGGCGUUGAAUAACCACGACAGCAGCAGUUGGAAGUAUGCUGGUCGAAUGAUGUCGAUGGCUAUUGAAUUAGGGCUGCAUUUGUCUUAUAAUGUACAGCCCAACGGAAAGGUGACUGCUACAGAGAUUGAAGCUCGCAGGAUUACAUUCUGGGGGUGCUAUACGCUCGAGACAAUAUGGUCAGUGUGCCUAGGACGUAUAUCGUGUCUCCCUAGAACCGCAAUCAAACUAGAGAAGCCGUUCCUGAGGAGUAAUCUGGAGAGCAAGAUCUGGAAGCCUCACGGCCACCCGCAGUUCCCACACGCUUCAGCCAGAUUGGAGCAGGCCAGUUUUACCUACAACCUGUCCUUACAGCUAAGCCUUCUUACCGAGAUCGUAAAUGAUACUGUUCACAUGUUCUAUGCUCCCCGGGAUCGAAUGACCAGCCGGAAGUUACUACAGCAUCACGCUCGAUAUAAGGCAUGGUAUAAGGAUCUGCCUGAAUGUCUCGCCGUCAAAGAGAACAGUGCAACAUUACCUCAGGUACUAUGUCUUCAUAUAUACUACCAAAAUUGCCUUAUACACCUCUUCCGGCCGUUUCUCAAGGUCUCAUUCGUUCAGGCUGCCAAACCCCCUCGAGUAGUAUGCACAGAAGCGGCAGUCGCGUUAUCCGAUCUCGUGUCUCUCUACCAGCAAACCUACGGUCUACGCCGUUCUUACAUAAUCAUCUCUCACUCCGCCAUGACAGCAGCGAUUCAGCAUCUCAUCGACAUGUCUUCUCCCUCACCGGACGUUGCAGCGCGAGCCUCCCUAUACCUGGCAGACUCCAUCAGAGCCCUGUACGGAAUGAGCCAUUGUCUGCUCCUCUGCGUGCGCUACUUGAAGCUCCUACGCAACCUGAUCCAUAACUGGGCUCCGAACGUCCCAGAGCACGUGAAACUCGCUCUCGUGGAAGCAGAGCUCGACUCGCCCGGCUCCAACAUCACACCUCCUCAUGACGAGCCUGUGCGGCCCCCCAGCCCGCCGGUUUUCAACGAUGUGAACCGCAAGCCAUCCGCCCCGGAGCUGAUCCAAAUUCCGGAUAACAGCGUGACGUACGGGGCUCCGAAUCAGCACCUAUUCUGGACGCCGUUCCCGGAUCACCCUGAAGGCAUCCCGCUGGGGCCGCCGACGGGCGACGGAGCCAACGCGAAUUCGAAUAUUGGUGCACUGAUGGAUCCCGGGGUAGGUGCGGAUUGGGGGCAGUUGAACCGGGAUGGCUUCACGGUGGGACAGGACGUGGACGGUGAUGCGGGGCUCUGGAGCGUUAAUUGGGACCACGGGACAUGAUUGGAUGGAGUGUGAUAGCGACUCAAGGAAGAGGUGGGGGGUUUGCGGUGCAUAAUGUGGGUGCGGGAUUGUUGCAGAUCGACAGUGGUAGCAUCUUGGACGGCGUUUCGCAUUUAAACGGGGGGGAUGGUUUUGUGCAUCAUUGGCAUAGAUAGCGAGGCGCUCGUUCAUGAGACAUGAAAUACAGGUAGACUCGGUCUAGUUGAUAUGUACGGGGCAUGCAUAUAUGAGAACUAGAGGUAGAAGAUUAUAAACGAAGUUCUGAUGAUGCC